GCGCCGCCGCGGCCGCUCGGCAUAGUCGCCACAGCACGGCGUCCAGACGCCGCCCGAUGCGAGCGCGGACCAUCGUCGCGCAAUCGGCUCCGUCGCGCCAACUGUUCCGAAAAGCCAGUUUCAACUUCCCGGUGGUGCGGUUCCCGCGUAUCAUGCAGCGGAUCACGAACAUAAACCCGAGCAGCUACACUGACUCGCAACGGCAACGAUAACAAUAAGCAAAAACAAAUGUAGCCUAGCUAACAAUACAACUUAUGACGAGGUACAAUAAUAAUAAUUGUGAUUUUAAUUAUAAAUUAGAAGAAGAAAAAUUAGUGUACUGUACCAAGUUAUGCGUCCAAAUUUUUCUUGUAGAGUAAUUAGUUGUAUAGUGAGUGUCAGCUGAGCUGAGUGGACCGUGUGAUGACAGUUUGACGGUGGAAGAUGAAUUUGACUCGGUUGUGUCGGUGGAGCAUGUGAGUGUGGCGGGAGCGAGCGUCCGACCAGCAUGGCGGCCGUCGCCGGCCUCUACGGAUUGGGGGACGAGCAGCGAGCCAGGCACCGCCGCGGCCAGUGCAAUACGGAGCGCUCCGAGUCCAGAGAUGACAACACCGAGGCGUCACUGCCGAAACUGUGCAACCAGGAAGAGGAGCCUGGACGUCCACCCCAGGGCGGGGUGGUGACGUUCGAACCCAUACAACACGACCACGACUUCUGCGAAAGAGUUGUUAUCAACGUAAGCGGCCUGAAGUUUGAGACGCAAUUACGUACACUGAACCAAUUCCCGGAAACCCUGCUGGGGGACCCCACUCGGAGAAUACGCUAUUUCGAUCCUUUGAGGAACGAAUACUUUUUUGACCGCAACCGCCCCUCGUUCGACGCAAUCCUGUACUACUACCAAAGCGGCGGCCGCCUGCGGCGCCCCGUCAACGUUCCCCUAGAUGUCUUCUCCGAGGAAAUUAAGUUCUACGAACUCGGAGAACAAGCCACAAACAAAUUCCGUGAGGAUGAGGGCUUCAUCAAGGAGGAGGAGAAACCCCUUCCCUCCAACGAGCGCCAGCGCAAAAUUUGGCUGCUCUUCGAAUACCCCGAGAGCUCUCAGGCCGCACGCGUUGUGGCUAUCAUCUCCGUAUUUGUCAUUCUUCUUUCCAUCGUGAUUUUCUGCCUGGAGACCCUCCCAGAAUUCAAACACUACAAGGUCUUCAACACCACCACCAACGGCACUAAGAUCGAAGAAGAUGAAGUCCCUGACAUCACUGACCCAUUCUUCUUGAUAGAGACCCUCUGUAUCAUAUGGUUUACGUUCGAGUUGAUAGUACGGUUUCUGGCGUGUCCCAACAAGUUUAACUUCUUUAGAGAUGUCAUGAACAUCAUAGACAUCAUCGCCAUUAUUCCGUACUUCAUCACCUUAGCGACAGUCGUAGCAGAGGAAGAGGAUACUCUAAACCUACCGCGCGCCCCCGUGUCUCCGCAAGACAAGUCGACUAACCAAGCGAUGAGUCUGGCAAUACUGCGGGUGAUACGUCUGGUGCGAGUGUUCCGUAUCUUCAAACUCUCUCGACACUCCAAAGGAUUACAGAUUCUGGGUCGUACGUUAAAAGCAUCGAUGAGGGAACUUGGCUUAUUGAUAUUCUUCUUGUUCAUCGGUGUGGUGCUGUUUUCAUCCGCGGUGUACUUCGCUGAGGCGGGAAGUGAGAACAGCUUCUUCAAAUCCAUACCUGAUGCGUUUUGGUGGGCGGUCGUGACAAUGACAACUGUGGGAUACGGCGACAUGACGCCUGUUGGCGUCUGGGGAAAAAUCGUUGGAUCCCUGUGCGCCAUUGCUGGUGUGCUCACCAUCGCAUUGCCUGUUCCUGUCAUCGUGUCCAACUUCAAUUACUUCUACCAUCGUGAGACCGACCAGGAGGAAAUGCAAUCGCAGAACUUCAACCACGUCACCAGCUGCCCGUACCUGCCUGGCACUAUGGGCGAGCCUUACCUCAUUUCAGGUCCAAUUCACAAAAAGUCUUCGAUAAGCGGUGAAUCAUCAUCGGACGUGAUGGACAUGGAAGAAGGUGCCAUGGUGGCUGAUUCUCACUUGGAGCAGAACCUCAGGCGCCUCAAGGAUGAGGAGAAGGUCCUGCUGGAGCAGCAGGCGACGUUUGAAACCGGUGGCAAUGACGACAUCGGCGCCCUGGAGCACCAAGAUGCCAUCCGGCUGAAUCACCUGCGGCAAGCUAAGCUGGAGAAGCAGCAGGCGAGGAAGCAGCGCGCGCAGCAGGCGCAGGGACAGUCGCAGUCCCAGGCGCAGGCGCACAGCCACGGCCACUCGGGGCCCGGGCCGCGCCGCGAGCACACCGCGCGCCGCCGCGCCUGCACCGUGCGCGUCAACAACCUCCACGGCGCUGAAGCUAUAGAGACUGACGUCUGACUAUCGGAACCCCAAAAUCAUUCCAGACGUGGCGGGCCGGCGCGACGACGCCGCAGCGGCGGUGUGGCGCGGCCGAAUGCCAGCGCGCUCCCCGCCGCCCUGCCACGUGUGAACAGCGUAUGAGUUCGCCGCUCCUAACCCAAACUGCUGUUUUCGUCGAAACAAACAACCUCAACAAAAUUAAACAAUAAUGAAUUGUGAACAAUAAAAUUCCCACAUCUUUCAGCAUUUACAAAACCUGGUUAAAUUACUCAGGAAUACUAAAAUUAGGAAGAACUAAUUUUCAAAAAAAUAUCAUAAAAAUACAAUAAAAAAUAUUUUAAAUAUGCUUGACGAUUGAGUCCGAAGCGCCGCGGAUUUUGUAAAUAUACAAGACGCUUAAAGAGGCUUCUACGUUCACUUCUUACAUUAUCAACACUGUGGAAUAGAUUAAAAUAUUAGGUUCUUUGUGACAAAUAAAAUAAUCAGCAUAGGCCUAUAGUUGCGUUCGCAGAAGAUAUUCUCAAGUGUUGCGUUUCGCUUGACCAUAGUUUGUAAAUAGUUGUUUCGAGAGGAGAGCGCACGGCGCGGCAACCGGCCUCUGGACCGGCUCCCCGGGCACGCUACGGCCGGGCAUGCAGGGAGCAUGCUCGCCAUCACGGCAGACGCGCUCGGAGGGUGCGAGGCCGGCCCGCUGGGUGACCGGCCACGCCGCGCCGUCCACCGCUGCGGUGACCGCGCGAAGCUUUCAGACAAUCGAAACAGCUCAAUCAGUGAUCAUAAAAACUACAGCAAUGGGACUCACAAAUCAUCUUCAGAUCAAAUAUAUUAGAAUAAGUUACCGUAUAUGGAAAUUUAUGUUGUGUUAUUGUUGUGCGUACACAUAUUCCAGUAAACGUCAUGUGUAAUUGUACAAGUACCCGGACGUAAAUGUAACCCUCUCCCCGGUCCUCGCGACCAGUCCACGUCGUGCAACAGUCUCGGCUAUUAUAAUUAUUUAAUGUUAUAGGCGUAUUUUGUCUAUCGUGUCUAUUCUUAUGUUAUUGAUAAUUUAUUACCUUUAAAUUAUUUGUAUAGGGGUGGUCGUGCGGGUGCACAGGUCCUGUGCGCCGAUAGUGCUACGUCUCGUAUGCAAGGACAGUUAUAUUUCGGUCGUUUACAAAGUCAAGAUGAAUGUGUUAGCGUAGACAGUUUAAACAUAUCUAGAAAGAAGUGAAUUUAUUAAUAUACGUUCGUAAGUAAGGCAUGCGACAGACUCAAUUCGAUCGAUACAGCAGUGCUCAGAACAACGGACCUCCUCUACGCGUUUAAUUUUACUUUAAAUGGUGUUUUCACAACACCUUGUACUCAGUACGGCUCCUCUCGGCGACAACUCCUCGCUCUGCCACCCUCAAUACUUCUUAAUAUCGAUUGCAAUCGAAAUAAAUUUCUCAAACGUCAGCACUAAUCUGUUAACUUCAAACAAGCUCCGCUUCAAGAGCAUUUACUGUAAAUAAUCUAAAACUAUUGUUUCCAUCUGUACAAGUGAAGGAGUGCCGGAAAGUAUUUCAGAUUAUUUUUCAUAUUUCCCGUCUGUCUGUCCAUGGACUUGUUUACUCUUGAGUUGUAAAUGAGACAAUUGAUAUUGUUAAGUAUAGAUUACACCCGAAAUAAUUAUUUCAUCAUAUCAGUCACAUUUCAUAGCGUUUAAACAUCUAGUAAAAAUACAAAUUUUACGCCCUAUAUUAUAGUCUAGUGUAGUUUAGUAGAUAUUGAUAGUAGGUUAAGUGCUGCCCUUAUACUGGGUAUGUAAUGUCUCUGACCCAACUGUUGCCAGUGUGUUGCAAUAAGGCCAAUGACAAGAUUUCGGUUUGGUCCAGGCUGCCUGCUGGGCACCGAGCGCUCGGUCGUCCACUAGGGUUAAGUCACGCACGUAAAGGACUUUUGCACAAAACUACUUAGCCAGUGAACGAAUAUGGACGCUCGUUGCGCAGCACGCACAGCCCGCACAUGCCGGAGCCUCGAGACCUCAAUAAGAGCAUGUUCCAAGCUGGUAAUCUUAAAUUGGCCUCAAACCUGACCAUUUCCUCUCAAUGAACAUUCGAUGUGAUGUAUAAUGAUAUAAUAGAUUACUCAAUAUCAGUGUUUCGGUGUUAAUUGAUGUUUAAUUAAUAAUUAAAUUUACUAUUUCUGUAAUAUAUUAAAAUAGAAAAUUGUAAUGCGUGUCUCUGACAGUCAUGAGGCUCGCUGGUGCAGGAUCGCAAACGCGAAGAUUGAGACAUGAAGAGAAUCGUUAAGAAUAAGAUAAUAUAUUUAUAAUUAGACAGUUGUUGGAUGUGCUAUACUGUAAUUCUCCUUUUGUAUAUAAUUUACCGCAGAGAACGAGCAAAUGAUAGACAUAGAGAAGCGAAUUGUAGACCCUCAGUGACUGUCAGAGCUUUCGCUAAGAUGAUGACGCAGAGCGCAGGCUCGACCUCGGCCAUGACAUAUGUACACGGACAUUCAAACCCGACUCGAACAAUCAUGUUGUAGUAGGGCAAGCAUGUAUAACUGAAUACAUUAUAAUAUUUUGAGUGUCUUCGUUGUAGUGAAUAUAUCAGUAAUGUCUGUCAAUUAGAUACGAAUUGUUUGGCAAAUUAAUUUAUUAUGAUAGUCUUGAUUGUGCUGUGUAAGUGUUGUCUGGUACAGGAGCGAUCGAUUGGAAAUGUUGGCAAUAAUAAAACGAGCAACGUUGCAGAGUGUAGCAGUUGCUGCAGCCGUCACAGCAACAUGGCAUGUGACGGUGAAUGUAACGUUGUUUUAUUUGCAGAAUGUAACGAACAGUUUACCAGAAAGUAUCGCAAGUUGAAAGUUUUCAGUCAUUAAUGUAGUAGUAGUACAUAUAACAGAUUUACAAUAUGUGAAGACUAUCAUCACUUCAUUUGUCAAUGUAUUCGAUUUAUGUUAAAUGUUUAGAAUUAGUGGACAAUAUACAUAUACUACAUGUUGCGACAUAUACGUAAAACGCCGAGGCUGUUGCGACGAACAUAUUGAAUGUCAAUGUCAGUCAAUGUUAAUGUAUCAAGUUUAUAGUGUAGAAAGCACGUUAUGUUAUAUUUAAUAUAGUUUAUGUAAUCGGAUAGCACACGGGUCCUGUUUUUGAACUUAAUUGUGAAGGAAGCUGCAACGCGGCAAUGUCAAAUCAACUCCACCACGAAUGUACUAAACACCCAGCUUUGUGCUUGAUCACUCGCUCUAUAACAAGGACCAACUCGAGCCAAUUUGUCACAUCUUAAAUUAUUUAUAGUCUGUGAAAAGAGCUCAUAUGCAUUAAGAACUAUAUGUAAUUACGUAUUAUAACGAUGGUCCGGACUAUCUCGUUCUUAAAAAAACUAUCUUGGGUCACUCAAAUCUUGACCCUAGAAGAUGUUAAAUAAAAUUUGAAACGGAAAGUUAAUAAUUGAAAUCUACAGUUGGAAGUUAAAUAAAAAAUACAAACAUAUCACACUCCACUUGUAGCUUAAUCACCAUUUGAACUUUAAGGCCUGUUGGUGCCAAAACAGUAAGAUUACUAAACGAGAUCUGACUGCAAAAUCCAUGGUGUUCAAAUAAUUAAAGAGAGAUAAAGAAAUAGUUUAUUGGACACUUAACGUACUAAAUAUUGUAAAGCGAUAAACUGGGUGUUUGUAAAUUUGUUGUGUUGCAGUUACGGUGUGAUGUGAAGUUGUGACUAAAUCUCAUUUACAUUAUGUGUAUCUGUUUAAUGUUUAACUAGUAAUUUCCUGCAUUUACAAUCUAUCUCAAACUACGAAUAUGAGAUCAUUACGAGAUAUGAAAUGGUCUUCAGCUUAGACUCCUUGCGCUUCAAAACGUACAUCUGUGUAGAUUAGAAAUAUGGUGUAAAUGAGUCUUGGUCGAUUGUAAUCUAUAUACUUUAACAGAUUUAUAUUAUUGAUCAUUUGUGAAGCGCUUCUAUCAGUCGAUAGUCGCGUGUUUUUCAACUAGUCCCCGCAAUUUCUAUUCUUGUCUGCAGUUUCAAUAAUGCUGCGUUGUUGCGCACAGAUGUCACAAGUGGUAUAUAUGUCACUUUACGAGAUGGUGGCGACAUUCCAGGCCCGUCUGUUCCUCGCGCUGGCGUGCAGUGUACACUGCACUACGUGACCAGCUCGUGCGAGCGCCGGGGACACAGGCUGCGGCCUCGCUGUCGGCGGGCCUCGAGCUGGAUGGUCCGCGUGUGAAGGAUCCUGUAAGACCUGUGUGGUCGACUCUCAUAAACAAGAAACAGAAUAGUGGUAAAUUGUGAAUUACUCAAGUUGGCCAAAAUUGUAGUUACGCCAGUUAAAAUAGGCGUAUUAUAAUUUUCGCUCAGUAUUAUUAGUUGAUAUUUCGUACGUAGUGUAUGUAUACAGAGGCGGCUAACACGGGCCCGGUGCAAGCAGAAAGAUUAAAUUCUCAACCAUCACACUUCAAAUUAUAACAUUCUCCAAAAUUAAGUAAUAUUUUGUUGAAGAGACGAAAAUACGAAAUUAUCGUAGAUAGUAAAACCACAUAGAUUUCACAGGAGAAAUCACGAUUUUCUAUUUACUUGAGUACUACUUAAAUAUCAAUCUUGUAGUUAGGAAGGAGUUGGAAAAAAUUUAAAUUUUUUAAGAAGUCUGAAAUGUCCGUAAUGACAGACUAUAUGUAAUAUGGUCUUUAGGAAACAACUAUAAUCAGUAAUUUUAUGAGUAAAUUAAAUUGAAUUUAAUUUAGGAUUUAUAGUUAGGUGAUGUCUGCAAACUUUUAGCAGUGUGUGGUAUAUCUAAAUCAGUUUUGUUUCAAGGAUGAUUGAUAUGUUUUGCUUGAUUAUUCGGCCGAGGGACGACUGUGGCCGUGGUGUUUGCAUGAAUUCCGAAACGUACGAUGGGACCUCGCUACAUGCUUUGCGGGUUUAAUAAAAAUGUGCCACUUUUACUUCUUGAUAGAUGCCUUUACGCGUGUUAUUGCGCUUGUUCCAGUACAUAGCGAUCGCAGUGCUGAACUUAAUAUUAAUGUAACGUGUCAUGGCUUGUCACGCUGCUCACACCGUGUUUUAUUGUUUUCACUGACACCGAGGGAUGACGAGGAGUGUGACAGUCAGUCUGUACCUAUACAAUAUUAACUUGUAGUUAUAAUUUUCUUUAUUCACCGGCCCCCUCUCCGUCCAGGUCAAAGCGUGUUCAUAUUGGAUAUAAAAUCACAAAUUUCGAAUUGGAUAUCGUAUUUAUACUAGCAUCGAUUAAUAUUUUACAUUAUUUAUUUAUAGUUUACUAAUGAUUGGCUAUUUUUAUCGAAAUUGUUGUACAGAGCAUUUAUUCGUUAAGUGUACGAAGUAUACGUUAAAGAGGACAUCACCCAAAUGGGGUAAUUUCAAAAUUGUCGGCCAAUAAAAACUAGAAUUAUUACAGAGCUCACCUAAUUAAUCUGAGUGCACAAUAAAUUAAUCAUGUUGCCAUUUAUACACAAAAAAUAUUCUUUAAGUCCACAAAAAUAUCAACCACAGGUAGUACCUUGCGUACACCAAGCAAUUCGAUGCUAAGAAACGCCCUAUUAAGUGAAACGUUUCAUAUUCAAACUUACAUGAUUUAACGAGAAAUGGCCUCACAAUUAACACUUUUAUUCCAUAGACAGAAAAGUUUUUCGUGGCAAAACAAUGCGUCAAUUUACCAAAAUAUCUUUAAGACUGGAACUCAACUACAGUCAAUAAAUAAAAUAUCGAUAUGUCGCUCUCUAUACGAAAAAGGUUAAAUUAUUAGUUGGAGGCUGAGUGAUGUCAUUUUUCACGUAUUGUUCAAUAAAAAAUGUAAUAUUGGUCAAAUUAAUUUGUCGCCUAUAUCUUAACAAUAAAACUGAAUAAGCCAGCUACGAGCUUAACUUAUUUUUUGUAUUUUAAUGGUAUGUAAAAGUACUUGUAUUUUUCAUUACGUAAUGUAAGUUAAAUUGGAGCGAAUUCUCUAGAUACAUAAUUACAUUAUCCUCUUACAUUACAUUAAGGAUAUAAUAUUAAGAGCUUUUUCGACUAGUAUACUUACAAAAAAAAAUGAUGAUCUUAUGAAAUUAUCAGAAUUUUUCGCGAUAACUUAUUAUAUUUAAUAUCCAUCCAGUAUUAUUAGAUAAAUAGGUGUAAUGGUGAAAAUAUGCCAUUUUCUAGCUCCUAUAGUUAAUGUAAAAUAGGUUCAGUAAUUGGGCAACAGAUAAAUAUUCUUAAUUAAGUACAAAUUUUCCGAUUUGAAUAUUUUUUAAUUUGUCACGGUCCCAUCGCUCGUGAAACAAGUGUACCUGACUUAGGGCGCCGAUGUUGUUUUGGUUACUACAUACUGCUACGUACGUCCGAUCUAAACAACUUUGCAUUGCUCCCUUGUUACAUUGGCUUAGAGUUAUACCCAUCAGAAAAAUUUGAAUGUGUUUGCUGUACUAUUGUGAACUAGUGUGAUUAUUACCUAUGUAUUACGAGUUUAUCGAAGUUGAUAAAUAUUCAUCAUUUGGAAUCUAUUCCCUCGACUAAACUGAACAAUUUGCAAGCCUGACAUUUAUCGACUUUGAUAGAAUGCAAGAGAGCACGGAUCGUCUUGGCUUGAAUAUUAUAUAUUAAAAUUUAUGUCCUCUAUUGGGAUAAGAACUUCAAAUAUUAAAUCAAUGGUGCAAUGUUAAGUGUAUAAUAGGGUCGAGAACAUCGGUAGAGAGUCUGUUGAAGUUCGCAAUUUUAAGGAACUUCUGUUUUGUCAAAAAUUAUAUUAUCUGUUCGUCAUUUCGUGUUCAUGAGUCUGUUUCGGAGUUCAUCAAAUCGUACGUGCAAAUAUAUUUGGUAAAUGUAACGAGCGAUUCCAUUCAUAGUCCUGUACAGUAGGAGUUAUUUGUUUAAAAGACAUACUUUUAUUUUCGUAUAAGUAAGUACUUAGAGUUUGUGGAUGAUAACAAGAUCAGCAGACGGUAUCGUGGUACUAUAAAGUUGGUACUUGUGUAAAAGCAGUGAUUGUUAAUAACUAAGGAUUAUUGUGUUCGAAAACAUUUCAAACGAUUGUGAAUGUGUAAUGGUGUACAAUAUCUUGUCUAGAACACGUGAUGUAUGAGUGAACAUUGAAAGCAUUCAAGGAAAGCGUCACAAAAAGACAGCUCAAGAUUUUAACUUACAAAAUGUUUUAAACAAAUCUGCAAAUAACAUAAUUAUGGGGAUUAAUGAGAUGCUCUAUAAUCUCUAGUACACACGUGUGGAGUCUGCGAUACGUCUGCAAACACGUCACUAUGACGUCAUCCACAAACUACCCACACUGAUUAUUAUAAUAUUUUAUUUAGUUAAUCUAGAUCACAUUCGCCACAAGGUGUAUAUAUUUCGAGUCACUAAGGCCAGUGAUCAUUUAUAAUUUAAUUUUAAUGUGGUGGUUGUUUACAGCAUCUGUCAUGCGAAGCGAAGGCUCAUUGAUAUAGUAUUUACGAAUAAAUUGUAACUUAACGCUUAAAUCGCCAUCUUUUUGUCGAUGGCUAAAUAUACACUUAAUUAAAACAGAGCUGUUUCUGAAUGAUGCGUAAAUUAUAAAGAAUCUUUCUGAAAACUUUGUGAGUGGUCUGGACUGUGGAGUUUAUUGGCAGUUUGGGGAUUGUCGGGUUGUUAUUGCAAAGUUAUUAAUAUCACUAGUUAUAUAUUGGUUGCAAAAAAUGAGUGGCAUUCUCCUGGGGUCUUGUAUGUGUUGUUUUGCAAGAAACUCUUGCAAAAAGAAGUAGAAUGAAUUAAACCAAUUACGUAUAUGAAGUGUUUGUCAGAAUUUGUCAAGAAACAAUCUUCAAACCUACAAUAAAGCCCGCAAGUCUAGCAACUUGAACACGCAACUAUAUUGCUAACGAUCCCGUUUCGAUAAAUUCCAUGGUACCUACUUAUAUCUGGAGCUUUUUUCCAAUUUUUGUACUUAAGUUGUACUUGGCAGUACUAUGCUGUACUGUAAGAAUGAUUUUUUUUCGUAUAAGUUGUGAAUCCAAAUUGUAUAAAUGACUAAAUAAAAAGAAUAUUGAUGUUUCA